AUGCUACAACUAGCUGAGAGAUAUCACUUAGACGAAAACAUUCGAGCUGGAAAGUAUUACUUACCUGUUGCUCUGAACGAUUUCAUUUGCAAGGUAAUUUACAUUGGACUUUUGAUGUACUCGAUAUUCUUUACGGAUAUUCCAAUCGGAUUUGACACAACUCAUCUAAGUCAUGCCUACGACGUGAUGGCUGCAUACGAGCGAUUAUUUUUCGGAUUGGCUCUGACACUACGAAGCGAAAAGUUCGACAAUCUGAUGAGGCGAAGGAAAAGAGCUGUUUGUAUAGUUGACCGUCAAGCCGCAUCUAUUUACUUCGAAGAUCUGAAAAACAUGUGGUCGUGA